AAGUGGUCCCAUGGGAUGCAGAGGGUACUGGGUUGGUCCCAGAUGGUACUGGGGUGGUCCCAUGGGAUGCAGAGGGUACUGGGUUGGUCCCAGAUGGUACUGGGGUGGUCCCCUGGGAUGCAGAGGCAAUUGGGGUGGUCCCAUGGGAUGCAGAGGGAAUUGGGGUGGUCCCAGAUGGUACUGGGGUGGUCCCAGGGGAUGCAGAGGGUCCUGGGGUGCCCGGAGGGGCUGCCAGCUGUGCCCCCCAGGCCUGGCAGCCCCCCCAUGUCUCAGCAGAGCUGGGGCAGACCCUGGGGCGCAUGGGGCAGACCCUGAGGGACCAGGUGCCGGCGGCGGGGAGCGCCUGGGGGGGCUGGCUGCCCCCAGGGAUCCACCCCGACCCCCGGCCCCCCGACGAGGCUGAUGUGGUGGUGGUGGGGGGCGGCGUGGUGGGCUGGUCCGUGGCCUACUGGCUGAAGGUGCUGGAGGGCAGUUUCCGGCGGCACGGGAUGAAGGUGCUGGUGGUGGAGCGGGACCCCACGUAUUCCAGAGCCUCCACGGUGCUGUCGGUGGGGGGGAUCCGGCAGCAGUUUUCCCUCCCGGAGAACAUCCAGAUGUCCCGGUUCUCUGCCAGCUUCCUGCGUGACAUCAAUGAGCACCUCGGGGUUCCCAACGAGCCCCCCAUUGACAUCCAGUUCCAGCCCUCGGGAUACCUGUUCCUGGCCUCCCCAGAGGAUGCUGCCAAGCUGGAGGCCACUGUCCAGCUCCAGAGGGAUGAAGGGGCACAGGUAGCCCUGCUGUCCCCCACCCAGCUGAAGGAGAAAUUCCCCUGGAUAAACACAGAGGACGUGGCUGUGGCAUCCUAUGGCCUGGAGGAUGAAGGCUGGUUCGACCCCUGGACCCUCCUCAACGCUUUCCGGCGCAAAGCCACGGCCCUGGGGGUCCACAACUGCCGCGGGGAGGUGCGAGCUUUUGUCACCACAGCCAAUGACCCAAUGCAGUCAGCAGCGGAGUCCGCGCGCAUUAAAUACGUGCACAUCUACAUGCCAGACAGCCUGGAGUACCAGCCUGUCGCCUGCUCCAUCGUGGUCAACGCUGCAGGUGCCUGGGCUGGGAAGCUGCUGGAGGCUGACGGGCUCCCCAGGAAGCUGUGCCAGCCCCCCCUGCCCAUCCAGCCCAGGAAGAGGUACGUGUUCUGCUGGCACUGCCCAGAUGGCCCUGGGCUCUCCUGCCCCUUCCUCGUGGACACCUCGGGCGCUUAUUUCCGUCGGGAAGGGAUCGCUGGGAACUACCUGGGCGGGAUGAGCCCCCCCGAGGAGGAAGAGCCAGAUCCCAGCGACCUCUCGGUGGACCACGACUACUUCCAGGAGCAGCUGUGGCCCCGGCUGGCCCGGAGGGUGCCGUCCUUCGAGUCCCUGCGGGUGCGGGGGUCCUGGGCCGGCUACUACGACUACAACACCUUCGACCACAACGGGGUGCUGGGCCCGCACCCCCGGCUGGAGAACAUGUUCCUGGCCGCGGGCUUCAGCGGGCACGGCCUCCAGCACUCGCCCGCCGCCGGCAGGGCCGUGGCCGAGCUGGUGAUCCGGGGCCGCUUCGAGAGCCUGGACCUGCGGCGCCUGGGCUGGGCCCGGCUGGAGGACGGGGAGCCCCUGCGGGAGGCCGGCGUGGUCUGAUGGGGGCGGGGAGGGGGGACACCGGCCCUGGCACCCCCUCCCCAGGCUGGAUGAGUGUCCUGUAGGAAUAAAAGGGGCAGGUGAUCAGUUAA